AUGGCAACAGAUCCGAUGAGCGAAGCCAAGCCAAGUAGUUCCAGUAGAAGCGAGGAAAAUGCCAGUGGGGAAAAAAAGUUAACUGUUCUGGAGUCGCACGGCUACACGCUUGGCAAAACCAUCGGUGUCGGAACUUAUGCCUCCGUCAAAAUCGCUCAGUCUGCUAGACACGGCCGAGUGGCAAUAAAAAUUGUAUCGAAAUUCCAAGCUCCCAGCUCGAACCUGAACAAAUUCCUCCCGCGCGAAAUUGAAGUCGUCAAGGGCUUACGGCAUCCAAAUUUAAUUCGAUUUUUACAAGCGAUCGAAACAACGCACAGAGUUUACAUAAUAAUGGAGUAUGCGGAAAACGGGAGUUUGUUGGACGUAGUGCGACGCGACAAGUACAUUGACGAGGAGCGCAGUCGACGCUGGUAUCGGCAUUUGUUGCUUGGGCUCGACUACUGUCACGAGAGAGGAGUCGUUCACAGGGACGUCAAGUGCGAGAAUCUGUUGAUGGAUCGGCACUACAACCUGAAGCUGUCGGACUUUGGCUUUGCUCGAAACCAGAUGCAGCCAAACAACGGAGUGGUGGCCCUUUGCGAGACCUUUUGCGGCAGUUUUGCUUACGCGUCGCCCGAAAUCCUUCGGGGUAUACCCUACCAGCCGCAACUGUCGGAUACCUGGUCCUCGGGCGUAGUGCUCUACACUAUGGUCUUUGGCAUGUUGCCCUUCGACGAAACCAACUGGUCGAAACUUCUAAAGCAGGUGCAGAGCAAGGUAGAGUUUCCAAAAUCGCCGAAAGUGUCGGAUGGCUGUCGCAAGUUGAUCUUGCGGAUUCUCGUGCCCCAAAUGACGCGUCCAAAGAUCACGGAGAUUUUGAAGGACCCGUGGCUGGCCGUACCGACUGCGACAGCUCAAACGUCCAUAGAUGAGAUUUACGUUGGAAAGGCAUCGACCAGUAGAUCGUCGAGUAAGGUGGAGCACAAGAAGUCACAAAAAUCGAGAAGAAGCAGCAAAAUCAUGAGUAACGAAGAUUCGUCCAAGGAAAAACGGUUUAAAUCCGAGAAAAACGACGAGGAGAAAAAAAUCGAUAACUAA